AUGACUAUAAUUUUAGCUUCAUCCGUUCGAGGAUUGGUGGUCAAAGUAGGCCAUGGCGGCCCACCUUCUUCCGAAACCAUUACAACAACAGUUGGUGGCAAUGACGAGGAAUUAAUUGAACAAUUUACAACCCUUGGUGAAUAG